GCAUUCCCAAAACAAUAGAAACUAGAUGAGUCUAGGUGAGAAACUAUAGGAUCCUCCUAUGACAUUGUUACAACAUCCAUUUACCAUGUUUAUCCCUGGUCCAACAGGUACGAAUGUUACAUAAAUUUAUAUACCAAAACCGCAUUAGUUUCUCUUAUUUUAAUUUUAUGUAUAAACACAAACAAUUGCAAAGGAUAGUUUUGUAUUCACAAAUGUAUAUAUAUAUUAGCAUGUGGGAAGACAUCAACGGUCAAAGAUUUGCUGCACAACCAUACAGCUAGAAUUCAGCCAACAAUACAAAGAAUAGUGUGGUUGUAUAAACGAUGGCAGCCAUUGUAUUCAAUAAUUCAAAGCUCAGUUUUACCACGAGUAAAGUUUAUUCAGGGCAUUUUUACAGGCCAAGAUGAUGUCGAUUUCUUUGAUCCUAGACUCAAUAACUUGCUUAUUUUGGACGACUUAUUCUCAGUAGCGGGCAAAGAUAAACGAAUCACGGACUUGUUCACAGAAGGGUCGCAUCAUAGAUCGUUAUCAGUGAUUUCUAUCAAUCAGAAUUUGUUUGGAAACAAAGAUCCUAUACAACGAAGAAAUUGUCAUUAUAUCUUACUGUUUAGCAACCCCGUAGACCGACAAUCGAUCAUGGCAUUGGAUAGACAAAUGUACCCGGGCCAUACAGACAGGUUCAUGAAAAGCUUUGAAAAGGCAACUAAACAUCCGUGUGGCUCUUAAGCCUUUCACAAAAGAAGAUGAUCGAUUGAGACACGAUGUAACAUGGCUAGACCGAGUUUCAACACAACCUGAAUUAGCCAAUCUCUUGUCAGAGUCUUUACAGAAAACUAUAAAAGAAGGAAAGGUACACGAAUUAAACCAUUCUUCAAUAGAAUCUCCACCCGUGCUGAUUGUAAAUAACUCGGAAGAUAUGGCGAACAAAGCAAAAGCUUGCGACGAUGGCGGACUGCUGUUUGACUCUGUACACGAUCUUCAAAAUCACGUGAAAUGUUGGUGCCAGGAAGGUCAACCAAUGAAGCGGCCAUUCCCUGACAAAGAUUAUUUACCCACUAAAAGGAUGAAAUACGAUUCCGAGGACAGCAACGACUCCGUCGAAUACCUGGUUUAUGAAAACGAAGUUUACAAAAAUCUUAAAGUUUACCAGGCAACAUAAUGAAAAUGAAUGGCGAGAAAAAGUGGAAAAAUACGUAAAGCAAAGACUUUCCGUUACAAAAGCUAAAGCAAAGGCUAAUAAAACCCUGCGAGAAGAAGACAUACAGGUGUUUAUGCUGAAAUAUGGCGUUUUACUCUCCUAUAUAUUUAAAUUGAGAGACGGUUAUCUCCAUAACAAAAUUACGGUAACUGUCGAAAAAUACCUCGAGCGAGAAUUGGAUCUAGAACGUGCCAUUCAUCUGGCAUUGAAGAGAUUUAAACAUUAUUUUGAAGAAUUCUUGGAUGAACACCUUAUAAAAGAUAACGAAAGGGCAGAUAAUAAUAACGAUGACGUUGAGAGUGAAAACAGUGAAAAUGAAACUGACGAAGAAACUGACGACGAAAUGGACUGAAAUUACACAGUUAUCACAGUUGUCUUUGAAGUACUUUGUAAAGGGUUUUAGUCAAUAUCUGUCACAGAAUUACCUAUAAGAUUGAAUAUAAAUACCGUUGGAUAGUUGGUUUAGGUCAGUGACUGCUUGGUGAAAAAAGAGUACACAAGUGUUUAGGAAAAUAUGGACAUAUCUCAUAACGCUUAAAUUGUAUAUUUGAUAAUCAUAAUACCUUAGACAGCUGAAGCGAAUGGAUUGCAUUCAUUGAUUGAUUGAUAAAGAAGCAGACGACAAAGGGGUUAAUAUUAUACCAGGUAUAAUUCCUAUUGACGUUAUUAAAGCAGAUACUAUUUUACAGUCUACUGAGCUUGAGGAUUAAACAUCAAUAUUAUAGAACUUGUCGCGUGUUUUACCUUAUAAUCAAUAGGUUUGAACCAUAUACUAUAUCCUAUAAGACUAGUAAAUGCAUUUAUUCUUUACAUUGUACCAUUUUUUAUAGAACGGUAUCAUUUUCUUGAAGGAGUUCCAUUGGGAGGAAGUCAACAUGAUGAGUGACAUUUACAUCUAUCUACAAAGUGACGUUUGUAAACAACGAUACUAGCCAUUUCAAAAUACAAUUGAAUGAGCCUAUAUACUUAGAAGUUUAUCACUGCUGAACCCGUGGACAUUCCAAGAGGGGACCCGAAGAUCCGCCCUCGCGUCACCCUAUCGACUCGUACGACGCGUAGAGCCAAUUGCACAGCUGAUCUAGGACCUGUACCUAUAGCCUUCAUAGAUUGCUCAAGAGCAGUCAAAUCAGUGACAGUCUAACCGUCCACGUAGAGAGAAUCAUAACUUAUCCAGGAUUUCUUGUUUUGGCUCUGAGCAUGUUUCAUAUGUUGGACCAAUUUCCGCUGUUCGUCAGCAACCUCCUUAGGAAAUUGUUCAAAAACAUGGAAAAUAGUGUUUGUGAGUGUGGAUUUAGCACGACGAAUUGUUUCUGGUCCUUGAAAUACGUAAAUUUAACAACGAUAUUCCGUGGUUUAGGAGCACGUGAACCAAAUGGCCGGACCGUUACGUGGUGGGCUAGGUUGACCAACAACGGAGGCGUAUAACGGCCUAUCUCCAGGGUUAUCUGAUUCAGACUUUGGACCACCCAUUCUGUGUGCACGUUCUAUGGGGAUUUGUUUAACGUAAUAUUCUUCUAGACCCAUGUUGUCAAUUAAGAAGAAGGAUCGCACUCUUGUCUCCGUUGUCUGAGGUUUUUCAUUUCUCUGCUCAGCGAUGUUACUAAACACUAAAUUGUUACGCAUGGACUGAGAAGUGAGAUAUGUUAACCUGUCUUCGAAUUUUUGACUUCUCCGCAUCCAAGAACUCAAUGUGAUCAUUGGCUUGUCCCAACGCUAACAACAGAUUUUCGACGCUAUCGGAAACUUUGUUUAUUUUUUCAUCAUGUUCUUUUAUAUUGUCUUGUAUGUAACUCCAUAGUUUUUUUCAGUUCGACGUCAAAUUUUGAAACUUUGGACUCAAGCGUCUCUAAAUUUUUCUCAACAUGAAAAAUUCUACCUUCAAUGCGUUUCAAAUAGAUUAUUAUGUCAAAAUUAGAUGGGACUGCCGUAUCAGUGCUUUGUGAACCUUGUGAAUUGCUAAUCUUAUUAUUAUGGCUUCACUCCAUCUCCGUAGAACUUUGUGAACUCCCCGUAAGUCCAGAUUCACUCUCAAAAACUGAAUUGUUCAAUAUGUUUGGAUUUAAGUCACUUGUAUCUCCAUUUUCCAGAAAGAACAGAAUUAGCGUCUCUUAUAUGGUCACUAAUUGCCACAGACGAAUAUUGAUCAGACUGAUCAGGUAGUGAUCCGCCAUUACGCGCGGUGUUUGAAUCGGGGAUACUAUCUUGACUGCUUUUCUUCCGUUUUUGUCACGUUUAUUAUGAUUUGCCAUUGAGGACAUAUGUACACAUCUCGGUUAUACUUAUUAAAUGUUAUAAAUCCAUUUUUGCUUUUGUUUGACACUUUAAAAUCCAAAAAAUUGAAAUUUGGUCGAGGGCGAUUUUUAAAACGACCACCACAUUUAAUUGACCUUUGACCUUUGACAUAUGAAUUAUGAUUAGUGAAGAAUGCUGCAAACAAGCUAUUUGACAAAAUGAAUUACAAAAAUGUGACACUCAUUUGUGCAGUAUAUCCAGAAAACGCAUUCACAAAGUGUAAGUACGAUUACUGGUUCCAUAACAUAACUGUACGCCUAAAAUAUGUUUUUUAGGCAAAUAAAGUGUGAAUAAGCGGUAGGAAUAACAAGCAAAUAGUUUACAUUUCAACACAUACAUGUAUCCAGUACUAUCGUUUACCGUUUUAUGGUAGUUUUGCACGUUUGAUAAACCGGAAGUGAUGGCGUAAAGUCUUUUAUCCAGAAAACAUAGAAUAAAGUCUGGAUUCGCGUACGGAAAUGAAAAUAAUUUUAUGAAUUAAUCGAAACCUGUGGAUAAAAUUAUUACAAUGGCACUGUUGCUAUAUCUUUAAAGUCAAAAUAUGAUAUUAAAACAUAUGACACGUUAAACGAUUCAAAAUAAUGUCUUAAUAUUUGCGUGAAAUGUCAGGUCCACUUUAAUCAUUGUGAAAUAUCAUAAAAACAAGCACACAGACCUAUACAUUUUAUUUCAUCAAAUGAUAGGCAAUGAGUUUACUUGUAACUGUGAGAAGUUUCAUCAAAAUCUACAUUGUAGAAAAAAUUUAUUUGUGAUAAUGUUAUGAAAGUUAUGAUUUUCCAUUAGACUCCCUUUAUGAAAUAUUGCAUGAGGUUCAUUUUUUUUGCUUGGGUUUUACGUCGUACCGACACAAUUUUAGGUCAUAUGGCGACUUUCCAGCUUUGAUGGUGGGGGAAGAUCCCAAGUGCCCCUCCGUGCAUUAUUUCAUCACGAGCGGGCACCUGGGUAGAACCACCGACCUUCCGUAAGCCAGCUGGAUGGCUUCCUCACAUGAAGAAUUCAACGCCCCGAGUGAGGCUCGAACCCUCAUCGAUGGGGGGGGGGGAAGUGAUUUGAAGUCAGCGACCUUAACCACUCGGCCACAGAGGCCCCGGCUCAAUUAUUUCAAAUCAGUCUAGCAAAAUAUCAAGCACACGACCCUAUCUCUUUUAUUUGCUGAAUUUUCUAGGUAUAUUCUAAAGUUUUGAAAAAUCAGAGUUUAAUCAAAUUCUACAUUGUAGAAAAAAUGUUGAUCCAAACGUGCAGAACUACCUUAAAUACUGAUGCAGAACUUACAAAAAAACUAAAUUUUAUAUCCAGCUCCCGUACUUUGUUUUGGCACAGACGUAUGUUAGUUUAAAUGGAGAAGUUUUUGAAGGUGAAGAUGAUAAGUCUUUCGUUUCCGUUGACCUUUCAAGUAUAGUGUUAGUCUAGACUUUUUCUUGUAACGUUGCAUAUUUGAAUUUAAAACAAAAAAACAUACAAAAUAAAUUACAAAAAAACUAAAAGGCAAAACUAAAACACAAUGGAAUACAUGUAACAAUGGAACAUAAUCGAAGCUGACGCAAUAUAUAGUGUAUCAUUCAACUUCCAAUAUAUGUUUUGAAAUCCCCUAGGUCUUAACAAAUUUUUAUUCUCAAUACAUAAAAUAACCCUUGUAGUGCAAAAUAUAUGUACACAACUAAUCUAAAAUCAACCAUUUUUAGCGUACAUCAAGCUUAACCAACAUUUUUUGCAUUCGUACGCCACAUUUUUGGCGAUGCGGCUUAAUGCAUCUAUGGCUAAUAAAAUAAGAUCUGACGCUUCUAGUCAUGUAAUACAUGAUGUAAACUAUAAAAAGCAAAGAUUACCUGACCAAAAUAGAUCCAAAUUGAUGGAGUCUUAGCUCACCUGAGCAAUGCUCAGGUGAGUUUUUGUGAUCGCUUGAUGUCCGUCGUCCGUCGUCUGUCGUCUGUUUGUCAACAUUUAGCUUGUGUAUGCGAUACAGGCUGUAUUUUUCAACUGAUCUUCGUGAAAUUUUGUCAGAAUAAUUACCUUGAUGAAUUCUAGGUCGAGUUCGAAAAUGGAUUAUCUGGGGUCAAAACCUAGGUCACUAGGUCAAAUCAAAGAAAAACCUUGUGUAUGCGAUAGAGGCUGUAUUUUUCAAUUAAUCUUCAAGCAUUUUGGUCAGAAUGAUUACCUUGAUGAAUUCUAGGUCGAGUUUGAAAAUGGGUUAUCUGGGGUCAAAAACUAGGUCACUAGGUCAAAUCAAAGAAAAACCUUGUGUAUGCGAUAUGGGCUGUAUUUUUCAAUUAAUCUUCAGAAAUUUUGGUCAGAAUGAUUACCUUGAUGAAAUCUAAAGAGAGUUUGAAAACAGAUUAUCUGGAGUCAAAAACUAGGUCACUAGGUCAAAUCAAACAAAAACCUUGAGUAUGCAAUAGAAGCUGUAUUUUUCAAUUAAUCUUCAUGCAUUUAGUCAGAAUGAUUACUUUGAUAAAAUCUAGAAAGAAUUUGAAAAUGGGUCAUCUGGGGUCAAAAACUACGUCACUAGGUCAAAUCAAAGAAAAACAUUGUGUAUGCGAUAGAGGCUGUAUUUUUCAAUUAAUCUUCAUGAAUUUUGGUCAGGAUGAUUGUCUUGAUGAAAUCUAGGUCAAAUUUGAAUAUGGAUUAUCUGGGAUUAAAAAGUAGGUCAUUAGGUCAAAUCAAAGAAAAACAUUGUGUAUGCGAUAGAGGCUACAUUUUUCAAUUGAUCUUCAUGAAAUUAAGUCAGAAUGAUUGCCUUGAUAAAAUCUAUGUCAAAUUUGAAUAUGGAUUACCUUGUUUCAAAAAUUAGGUCACUAGGUCAAAUCAAAGAAAACCCUUGUGUAUGCGAUAGAGGCUGUAUUUUUCAUUUGAUCUUUUUGAAAUUUGGUCAGAAUGAUUGCCUUGAUAAAAUCUAGGUUGAGGUUGAUUAUUGGUCAUCUAGGGUCAAAAAGUAGAUCACUAGGUCAAAUCAAAGAAAACCCUUGUAUAAGCAAUAGAGGCUGUAUUUUUUAUGAAAUUUGGUCAGAAUGAUUGCCUUGAUGAAAUCUAGGUCAAGUUUGAAUAUGGAUCAUCUGAGGUCAAAAAGUAGGUCACUAGGUCAAAUCAAAGGAUAGCUUAAGAUCUUCAGCGCUCUCGGUUUAUAUACUGGAUUUGGACGGGAGUGCUGAAGUGUACUCCGUAGGGAAAUCAUACCAAUAAUCGUGCUAGAAAUCUGACACGCUCGCGUUUGUACAUUUUAAAAGAAAUCGGCAGCAGCACUUUCUGAUCAGUUAAUAUAUAGUAAAAUCUACCAUUGUGACAAAGUUUACGUUUUAAAACCCGUAAUUGAUGGCAGAACUACCUGACAAUUUCAAACUGGUCUGAAACGUUUACUCUACGCCGCCAUCUUGCUCCUUUGAAAUACGAGACUGACCUUUCACCCGCGCGAACCGCUAAGAGAGCACUCACAUGUGCCGCUUCGUAUUUGUAGUUGCAUCAGCAUCCCGGUGGCAAAAAAAAACUUGGAAAAAUGGUUAUUUUUUAUUGAAAUUGAUUUGAAUUAUUACUUUCAUAGAUAAAUCCUUAAGAAAACUUGUAUGUAUAAAUCAUUUCUUUUGUUUACAAGGUGCUCUACAUGUAUAUUUUUAGCGGCUCGCGCGGUUACGUCAUGCGAGAAUCUCGAUGUAGCAACAACAAUGGCCGCCGAAAUGAUGCUGAUCUAACAGUGACUUGUAAAAAUCGGCGAUUUUAUUGUAAGAUUUGCUUGCAGAAUUUGAUGGUGUUAACUGAUGUAGAAGUGAUUACUUUAUCAAGAUACCCAUACGUCUCCGUUCAAAAUUUCAGCUGACUACGUUUGCGACGAAAAGUUGGACAACUUUUUAUUUUGGUAUGGUUUCAUAGUAGGCCUGGUCUAAAACUCUAAAGCCGCAACUAUAAAAAAAACAAAAUAUAAAAAAGCGGCAUUUAGAGUUUUGGAAGCCAGGACUAAGCAAAGGAAAACCCUGUAUAUGCGAUAGAGGCUGGUUUUUUUCAAUUGAUCUUCCUGAAAGUAAGUCAGAAUGAUUGCCUUGAUGAAAUCUAGGUAGAAUUUGAAUAUUGGUAAUCUGUAGUCAAAAAGUAGGUCACUAGGUUAAAUCAAACAAAAACCUCGUGUAUGUGAUAGAGGCUGUAUUUUUCAAUUGAUCUUCAUGAAAUUUUGUCAGAAUGAUAGCCUUGAUAGAAUCUAGGUCAAGUUCGAAUAUGGGUUAUCUGGGUUCAAAAACUAGGUCACUAGGUCAAAUCUAAGAAAAACCUUGUGUAUGCGAUAGAGGCUGUAUUUUUCAAUUGAUCUUCAUGAAAUUUAGUCACAAUGAUAGCCUUGAUGAAAUCUAGGUCAAGUUUGAAUAUGGGCCAUCUAGGGUCAAAAACUAGGUCACUAUGUCAAAUCAAAGAAAAUAUUUGUUUUUGCUCCAAUUUUAAUGAUAAUUGGUCAGAAUAUUUUUUUCCAUGAAAUCACUAGGUCAGACAUGUUUACACUGUUAUGGUGUAUUAUGGUGUGUUUCUCAGGUGAACGACCUAGGGCCAUCUUGGCCCUCUUGUUUGAUAAACAUUUCGUUGGCGAGAAAGCGAACGUUGUCGGUUUACACUCAAUAACUUUAUUUAUACGACAUAGUUCUUCCUUGUAGAAACGGCAUCACACAGCUGAAACAUGUGUCCACCCGAUGCAUAGAUUAAAUAACCGCAAUAAUGUUGAAAUUACAUAAUUAAAAAAUACUAACCAUGUAUCUUGUUCGGGUACUGAUGUCAGCCAUUUUGUCUAAUCUAACCUUUUGCUUUCGCCUAAAAUUUAAACGGACCAAAACACGUUGCAUCGACCCCAGCUUAUAGCGCUUCCUCGAAUUAUACUUAUGCAUUCAAACAAAAUCAUUAUCAUGUUUAAGACCAUCUUGAAUCAUUUAUUUAUAGCGAAUGAUUAAAUAUUCUGAUUUAAUACAACGUUUAUUUUGAUGAAUUAUGAAGGGAUAUUCUGAGCUGUAUGACAGCCUAAAUAUUCUAUUCUAAAUAUUUUUCAUAAAGCUCUCAUUUGAAAUUUGAUGUUUUUAGAAAGUUUUCUCAUUACACUUAAAUGUAGUUUUAAUUAAGACUAAAUGAUAAAAUUAUUAUAUAUUUACCCUUAGAGGGAUGAAGUGGGACCUUUCAGACAGACGUGUAGAUGGUGGAUAUGGUCCAAUUAUUGUUUUGUCAUCUUUCUGUCUCAUCGUGAUCACAGACGGUAUACUUUUUUCAUUUGGCAACUUGAUGGUAGAGCUGAUAGAAGAGUUCAACAAUGAUCGGGCAACAACGGCUUUGGUCGCAUCAAUUUUAAUUGGGAUAUCUGGUCUUAUCGGACCUUUCUGUGGAGGUCUUUGUGGCAUGUAUGGAUGCCGCGUUAUUGCUGUGGUUGGAUCUAUUUUAUCCUGCGUAGGACUUUUGAUCAGUACAUUCGCUACAAGCAUCUACUUCCUGUACAUUUUCUACGGCUGUAUUGGUGGUGUAGGAUUAGGAUGCAUUUAUCUAACAGGGAAUAUCAUAACUGUACAACAUUUUUCCAAACGGCGUGGUCUGGCAUGUGGAAUAACAUUGUGUGGGUCUGGAGUCGGGACUUUUGCUUUUAAUCAGUUCACGCGUGUCUUGAUAGCAGAAUAUGGAUGGAGAGGUACUAUACUAAUUGAAGCAGGCAUGUGCCUUCAGUGUGUUGUAUUCAGCCUUUUUCUGUUGGCUCCUUUCCAAGAGAAAACAGGCCGUCCAAACACAUGUUUUAAAGAAGAAACUGUUAGUACCAUAAAACCUGACAAUUUUCCAAAUGCUCAUAAUUGCGAACACAUACCAUUUACCCAAAAUACCGGAGAAGUAAAAAUUGGCAAAAGCGUUGAUAAAAACAAUUUUGAAAUGGAAACGGAACCAGAAGAGUCCGCUAUCAAACGUGAUACGGGCAAAAGGGAAAUUUACAAAUCACCUGACAGUGUCCUACUUAAACAAAUGUUCCAGUCAAUAUUUGAUACAUCACUUCUAGCUGAUCUUAGAUUCUGGAUAUUUCUGCUCUCCACGGUGGUGGUUCAUCUUGCAUUUUCGGUUGUCAUUACUAUGACAGCAGAUCGGGCUAUGGAAUUAGGAAUGACGAAAUACGAGGCAUCUUGGCUAGCAUCUUCAAUAGGGAUAGCAAAUACUGCGAGUCGAAUUUGUUUCGGUUGGUUAGCAGAUCGGAGAUUUAUGAGUAGAAUAGUUAUGGCGUCUCUGCUAUUGCUUCUGGCUGGAGUAUCUACGGCGUUGUCGUAUCUGCUAAAGACAUUUUCCACAAGAAUUGUAGGAACGUCACUUUACGGAUUCUGCAUUGGUGGCUAUAUUGCAAUGUGUCCUCUUGUACUUGCUGACAUGUUCUCGCCUGAGCUGAUUGCCAAAUCGUUAGGUUUAUAUCUGUUUGCACUUGGCCUUUCUACAGUAGCAUCAACUCCUAUAGGAGGGCUCCUAUUCGACAAGACCGGGAAUUAUGACGUCACAUUUGUAGUUGCCGGAUCAGAGCUGAUUAUUGCGGGACUACUGAUGUUGUUCGGCCGCAGGCCUUCCAGUCACACCGAAGAUCCUGGUUCGACCACACGAAGGGUCACUUCCAUUGAUAUUAUUCACCGGAAAAAUUAGGAGCACCAGUUGUAGUUUCUCAGGCUGAUAUUUAUUAAGGUUUUUGCAGAAAUUUAGCCAGUUUGGAACAUUCAGCAGGCAGUGAUGUACUCUAAAAUCAUUCUUUAUAGAGAUAGGGGCUGUUUUUGUCAGAAAGCUCAGCUGUGAUACACAAUGUAAGAUUUUGUGUAGUGUAAAUGGUCAUGGUGUGUAUGUUUCAUGUAGAGAGUGCACUGAAUGCCAAUAAACUGUAAGAUUUGAGUGAAAUAUUAAUUCCAGAAAGACUCCUAAGCUUUUUAGUAAGCUCACAUAUUGGACUUUUCAGAGCUGUUUGGCUCAUUUUACCUAGGGUAGCCAUAAAUGAAUGAUCACUGAAAAGUAUAUGACACAUAUAUGUACAAAAGCUAUUCAUUCUCAUAUUUGCCACAUGCUGGGCUGCUUUAAAAGGGCAAAUUUGACAGCUACAGGAUUUUUCUUAGUUCACAUUUUACUUUUUCGUGUGAGUAGACUAUGCGUUUUGACGUGCUUUUUGUAAUAUGAAUAGUUUUCCUUAAAAUUGGAACAGUGAUAUUGUAAUCAGACUUGAAGUGGCUCUUAAUUUGGAUAGAUGUAUAAUAAGGAAACAUGCUGUUUUUUUAUUUUGGGUGAAAAUCUCAUCAAACAAAAAAGUUAUAGUAUUUUGCGUUGUUUUUUUUCAUCUGAAAAGUAUGCGAAAUUUUUUUGGCUCAGAUUUGACCGAUACCAUGUGUAACAUUGGAAGCAGUCAAAUUUUAGUGCAUAGCUCAACAAAUGUGUAACUUUCAGAUUUAAUUUGCUAUACAUCUGAGAUUGUACUGGUAAAAUAUUUUUUAGUUUGAAGAGACAUAUAGGUCUAAAUAGGUAACAAGGUAUAGUUACCUGCCCUUCGUUACCCAACUAAAGGAAGUGUAUCCGAGAGAAAAGAGGUCCCUCAUUUCAUGAUGGAUUUGAUUGUAAAUAGAUAUUCUGAGCUUCUGAAAGUAGCCAAAUUUUAUAGAUCUGAUGUAAAUGAAGUGAAAGGGGUAAAAAAAUCUGGAAAAUCAUGGUUUCUUGUGCAAAUGACUGUCUGCGGAUUUGUACAAAAGUAGGCUGGACCGCUUCACUUUGUAAAAAUGCAAUACAGUAUUCAUUCUGACAGAUGUGAGGAGAAAAGUAGCAGGUCAACAGGUCACUUCAAAGUGAUUUUUGUGUUUCUCUUGGAUAGAUUUCUAAAGAGAAGGUAUUUGCAUUUGUCUUCAGAACAUUGUGUCAAAGCCUUGCAUUGAUAUAUUUGUAUGUAACCCUAUGGGAAAUUAAUUGUACUUUGGGGCCACAUUUUAGGCGAAAUGUAAACAAACAAAAACAGAAUGCAAAAUAUUCACAGUUUUAUAAUUAAACUCGAAGUGAUGAAUGAAAUUCAUCUUGGAUAUGACUUUGAAUUUGAAAUCAUACAUUGGUAUACAUGUGUUAUGUUUAUUUAAUUCAUUUUGCACAUUAUGCUGCUUAUUUUAGCGUACACAUGUAGUAAAAUGACGACUGACAUACAUUUUCACAUCAGCCAAUCAGAAUGAUGUUGUAAUCUAUACCGGAACUUCACCAGGGAAGUUCAAACAAGUUUUUUGUGUAACGUUGAAAAAACUAUAAUCUAUGCGUUGUUUUUAUAAGAUUUGAAGUAUCGAAGAAAUGUGACCGGUACACAAUAGAAGAUAAAUUACCGCUUGUUUAAUAUCCAUAGUAUACAUUUACCGAACUACGUGUUUUAGGUAUGAAAUGCGCGAUUGAAAUGGGUUAGUAUAUUUUCCCGUUCAUAACCACAGUUCUUAUAGAAUACCUUGGGGUAGGGUAUAACAUGUACAGAGGCAUAUUCUUUCUGAUCUGGUGCCAGUGAAACGACCGUUUUGUUUUGAACAUAUUUUCAAGAAGCUACUGAAUCAACUGCAUUCCUUGUAGAGAAUAUGGCUUAUAAAUUUGAAAUCAAUUCGUCACUUCCAAGUGUCCCAUCUGAUUCUGAAGUUUGGGUCAUCUUGAGGUUUACACAAUUAGUUUGAUUCUCUGAAAAUUCAAAAUAAUAUUUAUGUCUGAAGUUUAUUUAGAUAUUGUUGCAGUUGCCUUUCAAUGAUUUUCAUAAUUUUUGAACGGUGUCAAGUUACAAAAUCGUCAGCUUGUAAAGAACAAUCCACACCAGGAUAAAUAUUUAACAAUAUUACGAGGGCCAUUCUAAAAAUAAUGAAUAUCGCGCAUUUCCUUGGAAGUUUGACACUCAAGAAACCCGUGUUUUGUAUGGAUGAUACAUGAAUGAUUCAUUUAUAAUCCUGAAAAGUUUUGUUGAAAACUGUUUUAUCAUUUCUGAGAUAUAUAGUUUUGUAUCAGUUGAAAUCAUAUACUUGUACAAAUGUACUCUAAGCAAAAUACAUUGAUAUAUGAAAAGCGAACAAAAACCUGAAAUUAGAGCACGUACUUUAAAGACGUAUGUUAGAAUUUCCUGUAUAUGAGAUGGGCAAACUUUUUCCCAGUACAAUGAAAUAGAAUUUCAAAGGCAGAUAACACUUUUUCAAUAACGGUGACCUAUGAUUUUUAUUGCAGAUUUUUGUUUCCUAGAUGAUUGUCCUUCAAUAUCUAAAAUUUGAAGAAAUUCUGUUAUUGGGGAAAAUUUUGCCCCGAAUUCUAGCAUACGGCCUUAAAUUACGUUGUUCUUUAGAAAUUCCUGGAACGCAGAUACUCAGUGAACUGAAUGGUGAACUGCAUACUUCAUUAUGGGAAGUUUGGAGUAUCAGAGAAAACUAUUUACAAGAGGUUACGUAUUUUUUAAAAAAAAAAAUGGUCAGGCAGUUCUCAAGGACAGGGCUCGUCCUUACAGGCCCAAAACGGCGGUAACAUCAAAGACCACUGCUGCUGUACGCCUUACUGAUGAAUACGACAGGUACAUGGUGUCCGAGAUAGCGUCUUCUCUUGGCAUGCCAACGUUGAGACCUUAUACGAUUCUCACCAAGAGUUUCAAAUUUAGACGACCGUAUAUGUCACAACUCCAAAAAGGAGAUGAGACCUGGAUAUACGUGUACUUUUAUGUGCCACAGUGUAGCAACAGACAGUGACUGCGAAAAGUGACCAUAGGCCAAUAAUUGCAAAACAAAACUACUAAAAAGUGUCAAAAAGGUUUUGUAUUCCGUUUUCUUUAACUCAAAGAGUACUGUUGUACAAAGGCUUACACCUCUAGUAAAUUUAAUGUCAGUCUCUUGGAAGUGUUAUAGGGACAAAGUACUGAAAGCUGUUAAACAAAAAUGCAAAACAAUGAGUGUAGGUUACUAACCGAGUAGGAGGUGUUCAUGAAAUGAAAAUACCCGCGCUCGUGCGAAUCGUGACACCGAGAGCGUGUAGCGCUCGAGGUGUUACCGCACGAGCGAGGGUAUUUUCAUUUCAUGAACACCGAUCUAAGAGGUAAAUAACUGACUUACACAACGUCAUUUUAAUUUGUUAGUUUUUGUUUAUUUAUUCAUUUAUUUAUAAGUCUUUCCUUCUCCCAGUCAGAAAAUAAAUUAUAUUUGGAAUUACUUUAACUUCAGCAGGUAAAUAGAAAUACGUAAAAUGAUAUUUAAAAAGUUUAUGAAAGUUCUGCUAAUUCGCCAAUGUAAAUGCAUUUUUGUUUACCAAUUAUUUGUUGGGAGUUUUUUUUUGUAUCUUUUAAUGCACAACUUCACACUUCGGUUGCAUGCUUAUAAAACAUUUUCAUGAUAAACUUAGUUUCGGACUCUGCAUUUACGGUUUCGUCGUGGUCGUUGUCGUUAUCAUCAUCAUCAUCAUCAUCAUCAUCAUCAUCAUCGAACAACAAUAAUUAAAAUGAUUAUCUUCUUCUUCUACUCCUCCCUGUUAAGUACUGAGCCGUGAAUGUAUCUUGUAGAUGAAAACAUGACGAUCGUGAUUCAAAGGUCAAUAUUUAAAAAAGAAGUAUACAUUUGUAAAUGCUACUUGACGCAGGUAUUGUCUAUUUUCCGUAAGUAUUGACCUGGCACUCAUUAAUCUUCACCAGUAUUUUCGGAGGUUUCCAUUAUUUUACGAAAUAUUUGUAUCCUAAAAUAACCAAUUUAAAUAACCAAUGGUACGGUGGCAUAGUGGUAGCUAUCUGACUGCCACGCACGAUACCACGAGUUCAAAAUCCCCUCAGACCAUUUUAUUUUAGUUCAAUGUAAUGUUGUUAUUGAUAUUACUUUUACUCUUACACUAUCUGUGUAACAUAUUUCACGAAAUCUGAUUCUUUUCUCUUGUAGAUCUAGUAUUCAUUUUCAGGAAACGCUGGUGAGAAAUACUUUGUCUUUAUCUAAGAUACUUUUAAAUAUGUUUUAUUCAGCAUUUUCCAUAACGUUUAUAGACCAUAAUGUUUGAUCCAAUAAAUAUGGCAAUAUUUCUACCCAUAAAAUUUGGGGGGAAAUGGUCAGUAUGCAGGAGUUGAACCGAAAUGCAGUUUAGCAGCUAAACGUCUUGUCGGCACAGCUAUUUGCACAUGUGACAUGAAAAUUAUAAAGUAAUAUAUACGCAAUAUUUAUAUCGCUAUUUAACUUCAGACACCGAGAAUCAAUUUACGGAAAAUAUACGGAAUAUUCUUGAGUGUCAGGUCAAUACUUACGGACAAUAACAUGGCAUUAAAUAAACAUUACAGUUUGAACUCAUCUUACAUUCUUUUCACGUGCUCAGGUAUGGUAUGGUACCUGUGCACGAGCGCAGGUAUGAUAUGAUACUUAUGCACGUGCGCAGGUAUGGUAUGUAGAUAUUCAUUUUGGUUAUUAACCCGCAGAGAACAAUAGAACAGUUGUGUAAUUAUUAUUAUACCAGAUUAAUAUAGCCCCUUCUUAUGAUAAACACGUUCAAAUAUGCUUUACAUAUAGCAAACGCAGCCACACAGGGCGCAGGGCGCGAAAUUCAUCCACUGCUAGUACAGACACAGAGUCCCCAGAACAGAUAGAGAUAAAUCCUUUUUAGGUACAGGCAUGUCCGGCUAACUUAGCCUAGCUCAAAUAGACAAUCUGGUUCUUUAACGUUCCCGAUGUAUAUCAUCGAUAUACGCGAAGCCGUCUUUCCUAGAAAGAACCAGUACAGACCUUUUAGUUAGGUGGGGGACACUCAAGAGCAUCUCUGAAAUUUUCAGUGUCUGGACCGGGAUUCGAACCCCGGACCUCUGGAUUGACAAUCAAGCGUGUUACCACUAGACCAUCGACCCACCUGUCCAUACAAUGCAUGGUAUUCGCGGUCUCCAUUUGAUCCAAAAAUCCAGUACUCCUGUCUUCUCUGGUGCAAAUGUUGUUAGUUCCAAAUAUUGGGACCUCGUGAGAGAUUUUGACUAGUGUUUUGGGGAGACAUCUUUUUUGUGAAAUCAACAAUUCUCUAGAACAAUUUUUCCUGAUUUGUUUCAUUAAUGUACACUUAAUGAUUGUAUGUACAUUGUAUUUCAUAUUUAGAUAAUGUUUUCUUUUUUAUUUGGUACAGUUAUGUUUUAAUAAAGUUAAUAACUAUUUAAAUAAAA